CUUGAAAUAGAGGGCGCUAUCAAUAUGAAAACACGCUGCUGAGGAAAAUAUGGCGCUAAAAAAUAAAGACCAUUUAUGUUUUGAAAUUGUUGGCUCUGAGAAAAAUGCAACUGAGGAUGACAUCAAGCAGGAAUACACAAAAGUAGCAUUGCAGCACCAGCCAGAGAUUCAGAACUACAGUGAAGGGAAUAGCAAUGGCCUUUCUGUGGAAGAAGUGGAACACCAGCACAAAGAAAACUUCCAGAGGAAAUUACUGGAGGAAGAAAGACUUCAGCGGAUAGAGGCUAAUGAACGGCUAAAAAAUAAAAGACAGCAGCGGAAAAACUUGAAGGAAAAGAAAAAACAGAUUCGACUGGAAGCAGAAAAGAUAUUACAAGAGAAAAAGUUUUCUAAGCCACCACCAGAAAAGGAAAAAUCCGAACUAGAAAAGCAUGAGGAAAAAUUGAAUUAUUUGUUUGGGGAGAAAGAGAUCAAUAAUAAUAUGAUGCAAAACACAGCAAAUUUAACAACAGAUUCAGUGACUAAAUCAUUGCUGUUGGGGAAACAUUUUAGUGAAAUAGCCAAAACUAGUGUUAAUUCAGACAAGCAAGAGUGUAAAGCCAUAGAGAAUACAAAUCAGAACUCAAAUGCAUACAAGCCAGUAGCAGUUUCAAACCAAAGGGAGACAACAACUGUCAUAAAGCAAAGGGAGACUACUGCUGUUGUUAAACAAAGGGAGACAACAACUGUUAUAAAGCAAAGGGAGGUAACUGCUGAACAGAAGGAGAGUCUAAUUACCCUGUCCGUCCCCUCCAGUCAGCAGACAGACAGACUUGGGGAAACAAAACAUCCAGCGGACAGUCAGGUUAAGUCCAGUCUAUUACAGCGCCAUCUACAAGAGUACAGUGACUUGAUGAAGGUCCAGCCGAAGAGACACACGGAGCAGCAGAUCCGAGCGGAACGAAUCCGACAGAAGGAGGAGCAGCAGACCUUACACCAGCAGGAGCUGGAUUCUCUCAGGAGCAAGCAGACUCAGGAGUUUGUACCUGUGCCAACCAGUCCCUCUGACCCUGAUCAUGCCCUGGCUGGGGAGGAUGAGUGUGUUCAGGAAGAGUUUGAGAGGAUGAGGAAAGAGCAUCUCCGUAAACAACAGGAACUGGAGAGGAAGAGGAAUGAGGAGGAGGCUCAGGAACUCAAGACAUACAGGAAUAAGAAACAGAAGUGGAAAGAACUUAAGGUAGAAGAUGUCCCCCAAAAGUGGUUUGAGAAGGAGGACAGUGUUACCAGGGAUCCACCCCCAAAGGUCAAAGAGCCCCCUCCCCCAAGCGUUAAUGUAUGGCAGCAGCGCCACCUGAGACAACAACAGCUGAGCUCACUGGCGCCUCGGAACCCCCAGGAGGAGGAAGAAAUCCUCAACCAGGUGCUUCUACUGAGUCAGAAAACAGCUGCCCAAGAGGAGGAGCAGAGAAAGUACCGAGAAAUCAUGUCAGCCAAGAAUUUUAUUCCAGAAAAGAUUCAGAAAGAAGUAAAACCUCCGGCUUUGUUCAAUAGACCUGUUGACACUGCUGAACAAAGAAACACCGCUAAAACUGUCACCGCUCCACAGACGACAAAGAAAAUCUCUCCAGAACCGCCACUGACCAGACAGGACACCAGACCUACCGCCACCACACAGCAGGAGUUCCCUUCCCCUGCAUCAAAGCCUGUAAAGAAAACGACCACGGAACAAGUAGAAAAUAUCUGGGAGAUUUUGCCAAACAGAGCCGAAAAGGACACUAAAAAGUGGUUCUCAUCCAGUAAGAAAGAGGAGACAGUGCCAAAACCGGUCCUUACCACGAAUUAUGCCAACACCAUUCCACCUCCAAGACUUCACAUCCCACAGCAGAUGGUGAAAGAGGAAUCCUGGGAUAAUGACGGAGACUUCCUGUACGUGUCCAACAAGCUUCCCACAACUGCGCGAAAAUGUCUGCAGUGGCAAAACAACGCAAAAAUCGUCAUGUCUGCUAGUAGAGAGUCCCAACCUAACACAAAUAACUCGGCCCAGGAUUCUGCCAGACAACAGGGAUCAAAGUUAUCUGUUGAUAAACAUAUUACCUGUACUGUGGAUGAAAAUCAUAACGACAUUACAAGAAGUACAGCUAGUCUCAUGGAUAGCAAGUUAAAGGAUUCAAAGCUAGUGUCUGAUAGUAGUGGUGAAAAACAGGGCAAGACCAGAGAUUAUGGUGAAAAUACCAGUGAAGCAGUAAAAUCUGGAAGAUACCUACAGUCCAGUUAUAGUGACCAAAACAGAAGUGAGACUAUAGAGUGUGGUGAAAAUCAAAGUGAGGCAGUGGAGUCAAGAAGAUAUCCCCAGACCGACCAAAGGGAUCCGAAUCGCAGGAACCCUUGGACUAAUGUAGUUAUUGAGCACCAGACUGUUGAUCCAAGACCAAACGCUGAAACGGUCUGGUCGGACAACAAACAGAAGAUGGAAAAACCUCAUUACAGCACCCAGAUCCCAACUUCUACAUAUCUUCACAGCGCCCAGAUUCCACCUUCUACACAUACCAGUAGAAGUAACCCAGCUUUUUGUCAAAUUCCUGCAGGACAGAACUUGGAUGAGAACAAGACAUUUACACCUACUGCUUCUCAAUCUAUGCUCAUGUUUAAACCAGGGGAUAUUAAUGCUCAGAGUACUGGCAUAGGAAAACAAAUGACGACAAACGAAAGAGAAGUGGGAGUUCAGAAUUCUUGGCCACAGUCAACAUGUGUUGAAAUUUCUCAACCUUUUAGCCAAAAUCCACAUGAUUUUUGGAACAUCUCUGUUAAAAAUUCAGACAACACCCCUGCACAAAAUGGAAAAACUCAGCAAUCAUCAAUGGACAGAGUAUGUGAUGAAUCUGAGGAGAAAGCCAGCCAUGAGGAGAAAGCCCGCCGCCUGAUAGCUAGCCUUCAGCAGAAGACCUACCAAACCUCUUCUGGGGGCAGCAGGGUUAGCCAUGACUACUGGGAUCUGACCAAUGACAUGUCGAUUAAAGCCCAGACUGAGCACAGUCCAGAGAUAUUUGUGUCACCUGAAAACGUUAAUCCAGAAAAAGAGAAGCUGGGUCACGUGGAGACAGGCAGUGGAGCUUCUACAGUGAAAACAAAAACUCCUGUUUUAUCAUUUGUCCAAAAUUAUGAUGAGCAGGCAACAUUAGAUCCUGAAAAUGUUUUGAAGGGAGAGAUUUUGAAAGAAGAGAGAUCUAAUACUGCAUGCAACUUACCUACAAGCUCUUCUGACUUACUUCAUUCAAAUAACAGCCUUGAAACCACUCAGAGGGCUGCUGUGCUUCAAAAUGAUGAAAAGACUGAAACAGUCCCCCAAAAGAAAGUCUCAAACAUGCUAAACAAGCUGGCAAAGUUGGGAUUAAAUCCAAAUCCCAUCAAAAAGGAGAAGAAUGGUGAAAACCCAUCUCUGUCAAAGCCUUCCACACCAGCGAACCAGAAAUCUCAGAGACCAGGCUACAGACGGAGGCCAAUGAAGACAGUGGCCAAGUCUCCCACCAACCCAACAGACACCCUCCCAACAGAAAACUGGGAAACAGCCGCCAAGACUAGGAAUGAUGGGAUAUCUGGUUCAGAGGACUGCAAGAGCGCAUUAAACCAAGACCAGGUUAUUCCUUCAGUGAUGAAUGCCAUGUUCAGUUCAUCUUCUAAAGAAAAUUCAGAGACGUCAGAAGGAAAUUGGAAAAAACCUCAGCCAUCUUCAAUCAGUAGUGAUGUUGGAUCCCAGAGAAAUCAGAGCUCCAGUCUAUCACGUCAAACUGUUGUAGACCAAACAAGGCAACAACCCAUGGUAGAGGACUGGGAGAGUGAGCUCAUUACUCUGCCCCCAGACAGCAACACCCUUCCUGCUCCUACCUGUCCAGCAACCACUGAAGCUAAAAACUUCUUCAAGGAGAUCAUGAAGAGUGUCAAAAAAGAUGCAAUGAAACCCCGAUUACCAGUGUUAAAACAUUUGACCACACAGGAGGAAUCUCCACCUGAUGGUUCCUCUAAAACUGACCAAAGUCCCACCACAACAGCCCAAACUUCACCAUCAAGCAUUGAAUGGAUUGAAAGAAACGAACAGUUCAAAGACAGUUCUAUUGCACAGAAAACCUCAGCAAAAACAAAACCAGACCCUGUGUUUCAGGGUCAGCAUCAUUCAGUGUAUCACUUGACCAAUCAAGGCAGACCACAAACAACUUGUCACCCAUCAACGUCUGUCAAGCCCUCCUCUGACAUAUCUCCUCGGGAUUCUGUCAAUGAGGACACCGCUCCUCCUCUGAAUUCUAUUUAUGAGGACACAGCUCCUCAAAUGUCCACAGGUUUUGUUCACCCUGCUGCUCAAGUUGACCCAAUGCAAGUCUUCUCAGCUGCCAACUCUAAAGAUACCCGAGUCCCAGAGUUUGUUCAUACCCCUCCCCCACCCAAUUUGCCUCAUCCUUCUCAGAGUCCACCUGUCUAUCCACAAGUCCCAGGAGUUGGUCCUGGUUUAGUUGCAGGCAAUCCUGGCAGUCUUCCAAACUUUGGUCUACCUAUGCCACUGCCUCCUCACCUUCUACAAUCCUAUCUCCAGUAUCUGGCAACAACAAGCAAUGCACUAGGCACAGGCCUGUUGCCAGGGUUACCCCUCCUGCCAGGAAUUGCCCCUUUAAUGCCCCUUGGAUUGCCAAAUCCCAUGUUGCCAAAUCCAUUACUUUCCUAUAAUUUGAUGGGAUUGUCUGGGCAACCUUUUGUAGACCCAAGUACAUUAGGAGGUCAGCCACCAAUGAAUAUGUUUGCCAAUCCUCCUCAAGCUGAUGUCAGUUCACCUCAAUCUCAUGCCAGUUCAUCUCUACCUAAUACCCAUCCACUGCAACCUUGUGUCAAUCCACCUCAACAUGAUGUCCAGCCACCUCGCCGUCAUGCCAAUCCAUCUCAACAUGAUGCCCAUCCACUUCAACAUGAUGCCCAUCCAUCUCAACAUGAUGCCCAUCCAUCUCAACAUAAUGCCCAUCCCCUGUCGCAGAGCCAGUCUCAGUGUGAAAUGCAGAUAAACUCGGCUCACCAUCAGAUAUCGAAUGUAGACUAUCAGUCUGACUCUCGGGCCUAUGGUCCCAGCUCUCAAUCUAAAAAAUCUUACCCCCCUCAGAAUAACUACCUCCCACAGCAAAAGGUCAUUGCAGAAGAGAAACCACAACUUCCAAACUCAAGCCGAACAAAAAAUACAAUUUUGCAGCCAUCUAAAUUUGACUCACAGGUUUGGAACGAUGACCAUCGUGGAAGUGUGUUUGAGAUUUCUCAGUCAUCCAGUAUGGAACUCCUGGAGGCUAAACUCCCCGAGACUUUACAGAAGAGGAAGGAACAGACAAGAACUGUGCAGGCCUUGAUUCAGCACAUCCUAAAGGAAAACCAAGAGAGAACUACGGUUGAUCUAAUUCCAGAAAUGGACAGGAUAUAAUUCAACAAAUAUGGAAUGUUGGACAUCAUUCAUAUUUUUAUAACCAUGUAGAAGUGAAGAAAUACUGUCUUUUCAGUCAUCUGUCUCCUUGGUCAUUGGGAUAAAGACCAGUAUACACACUAUUGAAUGAAAUCACACUGGGAAAUCCCAUUUUAUGCCUUGAAUGCAAUUUUUUUCCAAUAUUUUACAGAAUAUGUAGAUAAUCUUGGUUGUGUAGUAUGAUUUUGUGAUGAUUGUGUCUAUGGGUUUUUUUUUAAUGAGAUUGUCCAUAAUUUGAUUUCAUACCAAUACAUCCACAAGACUCUUAAUCGGAAGUACAGCAAAUGCUUUUGUACUCAAUUACAUGAACAUUUUCAUUUGUUCACUUUUCAAAUGUAUAAUGCUUUUGAAAAUUGCAUUUCUUGUUAUUGAAUUAGCCAAAGAGAUUUCUUUUCAGGCAGACCCCCUCCCCCAAAUUUAUUAUUUCCAUUGCUAUGUAUCAAGAGUAACAAACAAAAUUGAGAUAUUCCCCUUUUCAAAGCCUGUCUGUUGUAUUAUAUUUUGAGAUUUUUUCCCUAAGAAUCAUUGGCUGUAUUAGGAGGGGGGAAAAUGAAUUUGUUUUGUGCAAUUAUCCUUCAUCUUGUCAUAAUCAGUAGAUAAAAAUUGUAAUAUCAUGGUUAAAGUACAAGAAGACUUGUCUCCCAUAAUUUUUUUUUAUAUGUACAAGAUCAGUAUUACCAAUUGUGAAUAAGCCUGAUGUGCCAGUAUUCUUUAGUGCCAAUGACAUGAAAUCCUUGUUAUUAUUAUGUAGUGCUGUAGGAGUAUUUUAGUUGACCAGGUUUGGCUUUAUAAAAUGGAGGUUGCAUGUUCAUAUAUACCCGACAUAAUGUUCAGACAGUCUACCAACUCAAUGUUCAGACAGUCACAUUGGAGUCCUGUUCUGUUUAUAUUUACAGUAGUCCUAAACUUUUUCACUGUCAUUCUGUCUUUAAUUAAUUCCAUGCUUUCCUGUAUACAUGUAUAUUAUGCACAUCUAUAGAAUGUGAUUUCAAAUGCAGUUGGAUAUUUUUUCUUGCCUUUUCAUCUUUAAUUCCAGUGAUUUUGCCCUAGUCCACCAAGAGAAGUGUUUUGUUGCAGUUCCACAAGAAUUUUAUUUUGUUUACUUUUGUUUACAAUUUUGUGGGUUUUGUAAAAUACACGAUUAUGAUUUCACGGGUCAUUGUUUUUCUUUUUUUGUUUUAAUGAGAUAAUUAAAUUUCAAAUCAAAUA